GCAGCGUUGACAUUGCGGCUAGUGUGACUCGGUGCACUUGCCACUUCCCUCAGCUGUACACGCUGAUCCCGAGAGACGAGACCUCCGGCGACCUCUGAUCACGGCGGGCUCAUCAUGCGACAUUCGCUCUCCUUGGCUGUCACAGUGGCGACAUUUCUCGCUCGGUUUGUCGCAUCCCAACCUGCUCCCGAAGAGCUAGUGCCAUUGUUCGACGCGCUAGCCAGAGGACCAUCGACUGUUCACGCGAACCUCGCACCUCGCGUGCCCUUGUCCACAAACGAUGACACGGUAUCUCCUCUCGUAGAUCUCCAGGUUUACGCCCCACCCGUGUUGCCACAGGGAGGAACCAAAUGCACAGUUCAAUUGCUCCAGCACGACUUCGGCGAUGGCAGCUACAAUAAUCCAACCAUCGUUCCCUACAAACCACCUACAGAAGAUGCUUGCGGCGCCCCUGGUGGAUGGGCGGCUAUAACACUCAACAUGACUGUUUUCUCGAAUGGAACGCAGUAUGAUCGUUUGAGCUCGUUAUAUUUGUCCCACGUUGAGAUCUGGCGUCACUCCAGCGCAGAGCCUACGAAGACAGGUACGGUAUGGAGUAGCGUAAAGGACGUCACGCGUUACAGCGCUUUAUUCGCAACCUCCGGAGAUCUUCUCAUGGACUUCAGCAAUAUCAUUUCUUCUGAUCUUGGGUUAGAUGGUGUUUUUCACGUGACGUUAACGGGAACAUUCUAUGCGCCAACGCAGGGCUUUGGUAGGCCGCAGACUCCGGACCUGAUAUUGCCCAUCACGAACCUAUUGCCGAACCAAUCCAAUUAUUUCACCGUUGCGGACGACGCUGGUGGUUCGGCGUCCGUGCUGGUCCCCCGCACUGCACAGCAAGCCUUCGUCGAGAUAUACGCCUCCGGUAACUCUGCCGAGGAGUUCUGGUACCUCAACACUCCCGACGAAUACCUUGUGUAUUUCCCCGAGUCCACAGGACUGAUCGGAAAAGGCCCGUUCCGUGAAGUCCAGGUGGCAGUCGACGACAAGCUCGCGGGCGUCGUUUGGCCCCACGCGGUAAUCUACACGGGCGGUAUCACUCCCACGAACUGGCGGCCCUUGACAGCGUAUGGGACAUAUGAUCAGCCGACGUACUUUGUGGACGUUACGCCAUUCCUCCCACUGCUUGCUGACGGCGCGGUGCACAACAUCACUCUGCGUGUGCGCGGCCAGGGAGAAAACCCUUCCAUCAACUCGAACUGGUUCGUGUCCGGGUCUCUCCACCUCUGGCUGGGCAACACGGAAAUUUCUGGGAGCAUCACCAAGUACGAGGCGCCGGCUAAUCCGCUUCCGCAGACGACGGGGGCGGUUUCAGCGGACAAUGCGACGGUCCGGACUUUGGUCGUAGCGAACCGGAGCAUCGUGAUCGAAUCGGUGCUGCAUGGCGACAAAGGAACGCGGCUCGUCCGGUUCGAGCAGCAGCUUGACUACCGCAAUGAGCAGAAGUAUACCGAUGCUGGUUGGGUGCAGUGGGGUGUGCAGACCACCAAGGGCACGACCACGUCUACGCAUGGGGGCGAACCGGUCCUGCGUGAUGCCUUCACCUAUCCGCUCUCGGUUUUCUCCAAUUAUACCCUUUACGAGGCGCAGUUUGGCGGCUAUGGGUCAGCGGUGAAUCAGUCCUACUUGCGGGUCCUCGACUCUCCUGUCCUCGGACGGGGCGCCCGUUCAAUCGUCUCCAUCCAACAUGCUGAAGGCACUGUUGGCAUGGACGACUGGCCCGGGCUCAGACACGCUAUCAAUGGCACCGGCGCGACGGAUCAGCAGUUCGCGUUUACGACGUCGUCUGGCCAGACUUACUUCAGAUCCAUCGCCGCGAAGAACGAUGCUUGGGUGCGCGACUCCGUGUGGGGGUCGUUGCAGGAUGAAGAGCCCCCGGUACCGAAGGAGCAAAUAUUCCCCGGUGGGGGUCCUGGUUUCCGGAGGAUGGUAGGCCCGGGCAUUGUGCGGCGUGCGCGGUGAAUGGCUAGCAUUAGAUAUUGGGAGGGGCUGGUAGGCUUGCGUUUCUGCAUCGGUUUGCUCGGUGAUUCGG